CCGCCCCUUUUUCGGCUCCCGACGCACCCACACGCCCCACUCGGCAAGUGCACAACUCCGAACGGUGACGAACGGAGCCGCCGGUCCGCGUGCAAUCAUCCUGGUAGCCGAGAUAUAACCCACACGAAGCGGCAUCCGAAGCCAACGGACAAUCGGUGGAGGGUCUCCGAGAUUGAUGCCGUAUGCGGUUUGACACUGGUCAAGCUAAAUGUUUGGCUCUAACAAUAUUGCUAGCGAAUAUUUAUGUAAAACUGCAGAUUAGAAAUAUGAUUGAGAUGGCUAAUUUGAGUUAAUCAAUUAAAGAAGAGGCAUGUGAUUGGUAACGAAAAUUAAAUGUUUGAUACGAAGUGUAUUGAUGCUGUUAUAAUAUGAUUAACUUGUGAAUCAUAGCGAAGAAAAACUGUGCAAGAACUGAACUAGGUUUUUAUGAACAAUAUAGAAAUAAAGCAGUCUUAGUUAUAUAAAGCAUAAAAUAAAAUAAAAUAAAAAAAGAAAUCAAGUAGUAAUACUCAUUGACGUUUUUACUUUUCACCAAAGCUUGAAGAUUCGAAGUGUUGCCCAUUUAAAAUGAAGAUCCAUCCCUAACUAACCUUUAAAUAAUUUUUUCCGAUUGUCACCAAUAGACUUUUUUAAUAUUCUGUGCAAGAGUAUAGACAAUGCUUCAGUUCAUAAUAGAAAAUGUAAAACGAAAUAUUUGCAAUAUUUGACAGCUAUAGGAAUAAAAUUACUGCGAAACGCUACUAAAUAACAUAAAGUUUGCAAUGUCAUUAAGAAAAAGACUGCUUCUCUUUUGAAAUGAGUUCACUUCUUUGAUGCAUGUCUUUAAAUUUAAAAAUGAUUCAUUUGGAAAUAAAUAUCUUAAGAUAUACUAAAGAUUUCAUUAUUUGUCAAUAGUCAAUCGUUGCUUAAGAAAAUUCUGGCUAAAAGUUUUUCUUUGGGAAACAUUGAAAAGAUGUAGUACUAUCAAACUAAAUGGCUGGAACUUAAAAACUCUUUUUCUCUCAAAAAAAAGAGGUCAAAUAUUUUAUUUAUUAUGUAAUUACUCUUCGAAGAAGCUCUAAUUAUUUCAACUUCGGAACUCUACAUCUGGCUCAGACAUUUCAAGAAAUUAGAAACGGAAAUACAUGCGUUAUGCAAUAGAUUCAUAAAGUCCAUAUACCUUAUUAAAAUACUAAUAAAUUCUUUGAUUAUUAGUGAAGAAAUAAAAGUCUGAAUCCUCCUUCAAUAAUCAGGAAACUUGCUUCAAAAACUCUCUGUAGAUCUGCAGUUUAUCUUUCAUUCCGAAAAUACCGAGUUUGAACUCUCUUCUGAAAGCAUCACAUUGACUAAAUAUUUCUUCUAAAUCUUUAAAAACACGUAGAGAGUUUACUAGACUCCGAAGUGGCAACAACAGUCACCUUUUUAUUUAAUUUGCCAAAAAUAAUGAUACUCCUCUCCUUUUGGCAAAAGAAAUGAUUAAACAAUAAAGAUCUUAGAUAAGUCCUGUAAAGAGCCAUCAAACUACGAAUACUGAGGCCAUCAAAAUACGAAGCAUCACCAGGAAGCGAACUCCCUCAUGACCAGACCGUCUCCACCCCCAGAUAAAGUGAGGGGUCAGCUGGAAGGGGUCUGCAGAACAGGUUCUACGCCACCACCUCGUGGCCUGGGAUUCUGCAGAGAAAUGGGGAGCGCUUUCAGAGUAGUCACUCCAAAAAGAGUAGAGAAAGGGGCUGAAAGUCCUCCAUCUUUUCCAAAUUUGGGUAAUUCUUCGUCUCCAUCUCCCUCCGCUGGAACUGGGAGGGAAGAGGAAACGACGGAGCCUCUCCGAACCUGCUACCCUGGCCUAUGGUACGGCCUCCCAGCUUUCAAGUCCGUGGCUACCUUCGAAUCUAGUUUCCCGCUCUUCCCAUUUUUCGCACCUCAUCUUUUAUCGUCAGCUGAAAACAAUGCUAGUCAUGCUUCCUCUUCAGCUGGAAGCAAAGUAGAUGGCAUCUCUUCUUCGCCCGAUCCAGAUCCUUCACGUGUCCUACCUAAAGACUUAAGCUUGCCUGUUCCUCCUUCCUUGACCGGAACUGAUUUCCGAUCCCUUGGAUUGGGUCUUUGGCCUGGUGAUAUCCGUACUCAUCCUCUUUUCUUCCCUUCCGCUUCAUCAGCUUCGCUCUUACAUCCACAUCCACCAGUCACCACUUCUUCCAUGCUUCACAGAUCCUCUUCUUCCCCAAGCGGUAAUGGAAUUCUUCCCGCCCACUAUACGACGGCAGCGGAAAUCUUCAGGCCGUUCCCGUCACUCGCUCACUGCGUAUCUUUCCCCCUCUUGGGUAUCGGCUCCGCCUAUUCUGAUGUGAAACAACUGCAUCCGCACCAUCAUCUUCAUAACCAUUUCAAAGAUGGGAGCCUUCUCUUGAGUCCGGGAUCGAAAGCAACUUCUGUUCAUCAUCCCAGCGAUGUGUACUCCUGUGUCAAAUGUGACAAGAUGUUCAGCACCCCCCAUGGAUUAGAAGUUCAUUCCCGGAGGUCGCACAGUGGAAAGAGGCCUUUCGCCUGCGAACUCUGUAACAAAACUUUCGGCCACGAGGUAAGCUUGAGUCAGCACCGGGCCAUCCAUACAGCGGAGAGAACCUUCGAGUGCAAACAAUGUGGAAAGACAUUCAAAAGGUCAUCUACGUUGUCUACUCAUCUACUUAUUCAUUCCGAUACUAGGCCUUACCCUUGCCAAUAUUGCGGAAAGAGGUUUCAUCAAAAAUCAGACAUGAAGAAACAUACCUAUAUACAUACAGGUGAAAAACCCCACAAGUGCACAGUCUGUGGAAAAGCUUUCAGCCAGUCAUCGAAUCUUAUCACACAUAGUAGGAAGCAUACAGGUUUCAAACCUUUCGCUUGUGAUAUUUGUGGACGGGCAUUCCAGAGGAAGGUUGAUCUCAGAAGGCACAAAGAAACUCAACAUUCAGACCUUAGGCAGCUCCAUUAGCCUACGUUUGCUUCAUGAAGCCAAACAGAUACGACUCGUUUGUAACUAUGAGUAAUUUGUGAAUAGAUGACUGCUUUAGAUUACACCAAAACUGCCUGAAAGUGUCUCAUCUGUUUGGCUACGUCUUGAAUGAUGACUAUGAUGCAUAUUCGUAAUUAUGCCCGCAGAUACAAGAGAAAGAUGUAUUUGACUUAGUUCCACUUAAAACAUGUAUCGAAAUAAAAAUAGGAUUGAAACCUAUGGCCGAAAAUUAAAAUCUUUGUGUAUAAAAGAAAAGGCCUAAAAACAUCAAAGGAAAAUUCUCUAGCAAUUAACAUCUGAUACUGAUAUUCAGAUAGCAAGAUAGCACUACUAUGGUCUACAUUAAAACUUAAACUUCAUUCUAAUACAGUAAUUAAUAGUUAAAUCAAAAUAAAAGAAAUGUAUAACUGAACCAAAGUUCACUGAAGAUGUGUAAUGAAAUAAGACAGAGAAAUAACUUCUUUUAAUCAAAGACAAGUUCAAGUUGUUGAGGUAAAUUUCUUUUCCUAUUCUUCAAAUCACACGCAAAUCUGUAGUAUACUAAUGAAGAUGAAGGCAUGAAUGCAGUAAACAUUAAACAAAGCAUUUCAACGAAAUAUUUUCUAAAAAAAUGGGGAAAAAAGACUAUAAAACAUCUUUCUGAGCUCCGAUUCAUGUCAUAUAUUUAGAGCAAGACGUAACUAUCUAUAUUCGUAUGACAAAUUGAAAGUUAACUAUUUAUGUUCUCUUAUUAUCUAGUCAUGUAUUAUACAUCUUUGUUUUCAUUAAGCUAGUUAAUACUUAAAAAAAAAGAUGUUGUAACUGUAAAGUGGUCUUCAAUUGUGGCUCCAUUGUAUUAAACCAGCACAUGUCGCUGAACUAGUAUUGUAAAUUUUAUCUUUGUACAGUUUCUAUUAAUGAAAUAUCAUUGUUUAUAAUUUUAACACUUGAAAUUAUUGUAUUAAGAAUGUAAGCAAAGUGCAAUAAAACUAUCGGUAAAUAAAA